CACCUCAGCUGAGACCUGCCGAAAGCCGCGCGUCGCGUGGAGAAGUGUUUCGAGAAUCGCAGUUACCACCGUAGCGCCGCCUCGAUUGCCUGUCUGCUUGGCUGCUCACACCACACCAUACUGAUACAUCAUACCGCACCCGUCCCCAAGGUUGGCAGUGCACAAGGAAAAUCCAAGCGCAGCUUCGUCAUUCAACGCAGCCGCGAUGCUGGUCCGGGUCCGCACCAGGGACGGCAACCAUCGGUUUCCUGUGGAAGGCACAGACGACAUCAGCCUCCUCAUCGAAAGGCUGCUUCAAGCAUCUCCAGACGCAGAUCCAUCCACCCUCACAUUCUCCAAUCAGCCUCGAGGCGGAGAGAACAAGGCAGAUGAUUUAAAGGGAAACAGCUUGAAUGACCUGGGCAUUGCUCAUGGUCACCUCUUGUACGCAGACUUUCAACUCAAGGCUCCAGCCAAAUCUGAGUCGCAUGGAGACGCUAUAUACGCGCAGAACGGCGGCGGAGAUGGUGCUACCUCCUCGGCCGCAGCUCAGACUUCUAUAGCCCUGCCAAGCAACGGAGCGACAAGCACGGUGGUCAAGGCAGGAUCCUCGUCUGCGUCCAAAGCGGAGAGAAAGCCAUGGCAAGAUGCCAAGCAGGACGAGGUGGACAUCUACUGGCAGGCCAAGGAUGGCAAAAUUCCGCGGCCCAAGGACACAAAGUUUUGCAGACACGGCGACAAGGCAAUGUGCGAUUAUUGUAUGCCGUUAGAGCCCUACGAUGCGGCCUACCACACCGAGCAUCAAAUCAAACAUCUCUCCUUCAAUGCUCAUCUGCGCAAAAAGGACAUUGCGACAAACAAGCCAUCUCAAUCGUACAUUCCGCCCUUGGAACCAGAAGACUACAGGGUCAAGGUACCAUGCCCUUCAGGAACGCACCCUUCGUGGCCAUCAGGUAUCUGCACAAAGUGUCAACCCUCGGCCAUCACGCUGCAGCGGCAGCCGUAUAGAAUGGUGGAUCAUGUUGAAUUCUCGCACCCUCAGCUCAUCGAAAACCUGCUGGCAUUCUGGAGGUCGAGUGGCGUUCAGAGAUUCGGUUUUCUGCUUGGCAGGUAUCAACCUUACGAGAAAGUACCGAUGGGUGUCAAAGCUGUCGUCGAAGCGAUCUCCGAACCGCCUCAAGAAGGGGAAGUGGACGGACUGACGCUAGGCGUGCCAUGGGAAGAUCAAGCCAGGGUGGAAAAGUUGGCAAAGGAUUGCGGCUUGUCCAUCGUGGGAAUGAUCUACAGCGAUCUUUUGCCGGCGGAUCCCACACUCACGGAUCCCUCCAAAGCCGGCAUGGUAGCGUGCAAGAGGCACAAGGACUCGUUCUUCCUCAGCGGCUGCGAAGUGCUCUUUUCUGCUGCGCUGCAAAGCUCCAACCUAUCACCCAGCAGGUACAGCAAUACCGGGUAUUUCAACAGCAAAUUCGUAACAUGCGUGCUAUCGGGCACGGAAGAAGGAGCUAUCGAUGUGAGCGCCUAUCAGGUCUCUGAACAGGCCAUGGCUAUGGUCCAAAGCGAAAUGAUCGAAGCUAGCGUCAAUCCGAACAUAAUCAGAGUAAAACAGAGCAAGGGAAGCGUAUAUGUUCCCGAGGUCUUCUAUCGGUAUACCAACGAGUACAAGAUCGAUGUCAAGGAGAGCGCAAAGCCAACUUUUCCGGUCGAGUAUCUGCUGGUUAAUGUCACACAUGGCUUUCCGAACGAGCCCAAGCCCCUGUUCCUCUCGUCCAAAUUCCCCAUCGAAAACCGUCAAGGUCUGCACGACCAAGAUCUGGGUCGUGCAUGCUCAUCUUUGGCAGCUGUGCUGGGCAACGAAGAGAUGCUUCCUCUUGCGGUGAUUGGCGAAGGCUUGAAAGGCAAAGAGAGGGACGAAGAUUUGAGGAGAAGGGAAAAGCUUGUUGGGGUGCUCAGCGAUUGGCAUCUGGUCGCAUUCCUCGAAACUUGCGGGAUCCUCGGGACUGACGACAUGUCGGCGCUUUGCAAGGUCGCUACUGUCCACGAUGCAACUUCCGCCCUAGAUGGUCUACUCCAGCAGACUGGGUGGCAAACGUUGGCAGCUAUUGCUAGGGAACAUGCUCCUCAGCCCUCUUCUGCAGCAGGUGGUGCGGAGGUGAGAGGCGUCGAAGGAGGAGGCGGCACAAUCGGAGGGAUGUUCGGCGGCGGCAGCAGCUCCGGAGCAGCUUCCGGGUCCACAAACAGGUCGACAAGACCUGCUGCUGGCGCAUCGAGCGCGCCUUCACGCACAACCCCCAACACGAGAGGGACAGGCUCAGCAGCGGAUCCUCUGAUAUACAACGGAGACUCGGAAGAGGAAGACUUCGACUUCAACGAGUAUGCGGACGAGGAUGUGGGUGACGGGGACCAGGAUGAGGAUCAAGAGAUGCUGUAUGAUGAUGAGGAGGACGAAUUUGAGGAUGCGAGGAGCGCGGAAUCGGGAAGCGCUGGCGUUGCGGCUGAGCAUGGAGCUGGAGCGGGGUCUGGAGGCGCGAGGAGAAAUCCGACGAGCUGGGGCAAUGCUACCACAACGCGACAGGCUGCUGCACCGCAAGCGUCCGAGCCUGAGCCGGCUGGCAAGGCUUGCCCACAUUGCACCUUUGUCAACGAGAAGAGCAGCGGAGAUUGCGAUGUGUGCGGACUGCCUUUGUAGAAAGAAUACUGAGCGCUGCACAUUCGGUGCCCUUACACCCAUCGCUGUCCCCCCGCCCUCCCAUCGGACGCUUUUUCGUUGAGCGUGCAUGCAUGCAAAUCCAUUCCACGUUGCGCACAGGCUCUCACUUCUACUCGACUCGCGACUCGCGAACUUGUGGACCCCGUCUUGCUUUUCCCUCUUUUGAUCGUUGCCUUCCGGCCCCCGCGACAUUUCAUGCUCGCGGAGGCCUGCUUGCUGCAAUAGGGAAAAUCACAAUCACAUCGAGAAAGCUAGACGUCAAAAUCUUGAAGUGCAUCUCGAUCCUUUGCGGUGGCUGAGAAGGUCACGUGGGAUCUGAUCGCAUCGCCCCGCCGCGUGCGUGACGCCUCGAUCGGGACGGUAUUCGAGAUUGCGCAUAUGUACACUCAUCGCGUGACUCAAUUCGUGAUUGUCAUGCGCUGACGCGCGCGUGCGUGAUGAAUGAAAUGAUGAAG